GUAAGAAAGAAGGCGCUGCUGCUUGCUGAAGAGGAAUACAAGAGAAGCGUUGAGGAAUGUCCCAGAAACCCUAUCGUACCUCCUCAAGGAAGAAGAGCCAGUGUUGCCAUGACAGCUGGAGCACUUCCCUCAACUGAUGUACAGCGGAGGACAUCAUGUGCCAGUAGGGGUUCUGUUGAUAUGCCCAGCUCAGUAAAGCUACUUAGACGAACAUCCAGCGCUUCUAGUAAAAUGACGCAGCGUAGUAUCAGUUCAGACAGCGUUGGAAAUGCUAGAAAAGUUAGCGUUAAUGUCCACUCCCGAGGCAGCAUUUCGAGGGUAAACUCAGAAACCAAUCUGCGGAGGAUGUCCUCGACCUCGACCAGCUCCUCCGGGGAACGCCGGCAAUCUAUCGCCUCCCAGGGAGGAAGACGCAUGUCCACAUCCAGCAGACGCUCCUCCUCUGUUUCAAACGGUCGAGGAUCAUCAUCCCGCAGAUCUAGUCUCAUGAGCACGAACAGUGUGGACAGUUCGGGACAAACCAGAGGUCGGCGAGUAAGCGUGUCGAUGAAACAACUCAGAUCUCUUGUCUCAGGCUCGGGAAAAAGAAUGCAAUCUGAAGAAGGAACCAUACAGGUUGAGAGACCGGACUGGGGAAUCAACACGGUCACUAUCCAGGGAAAGGAACCCAUAUCCCUCAGAGAGAAGUUCUCUGAUUGGCCCGAACCCGGCAGAAUGAUCAAAAUGAAGGGCCACGCGGCUAGUGGUGACCAGAACCCAAGCUUACUAGCACCCUCACAACCCCUGGAACCGUACGAUGCGGAACUCAUGCACAGACCUCAACCAGCGGAGGAGGUGCUGAAACUUGAGUUUACCAAACUCGGUCGGGGCAGAGGAACAUUCAAAUCGUAUGACGAGGAGAUAACAGUUCUGACAGAUGAUGUUAAAGUCUGGCUUGUUCACGAGUACAAGAACUACAAGCUCCCUUCCUCGUACAAUCACAUGCUGUACGCGUCUGAAGGAUACGUUGUGAGAUGGGAAUACCAUCUGGAGGUAUUUGACGGGUUUGUGAGGAAACACAAGUGUAAUCGGUGCGCUUACUAUUUCUGGCAGGGUAAAGAGUGUGAAAUAAAUUCUAAAGGAGCGACUGCUCUGAUGACUGUAGAGUUGGACAAAGAGAAGGGUCCCCAGGUCAGAGUGGUUCAGAACAGGGAACCUCCGUCCUUCCUUAACCUUUUUAAUGGUAAACUAGUAGUCCGAACCGACAAACGGCAGAUGUUGGGUCGGGAACCUAACCUGGGACGUAGACAGUUCCCCACCAACACGGAGAUGUACGUGGUUAGGGGCGAGUGUGCUGAGGAGGGACAUCUUCAUCAGAUCCAGCCUAGGAUGGGAUCCCUACGCUCAAGAGGUUGUUUUAUCGUGGUGUCACCUGACCAGGCUGUCUACGUUUGGCUCGGAGCCAAGAGCACGCCUCACCAGCGCGAAAACGCUCAGAAAGCUGGAAACGAAAUCGAGGACAACUACAUCAGUGACAACUUUAGGGUUGUUAUGGUACACGAAUCAAAGGAACCCUCCAGUUUCUUCACCAGUCUUGGUCGACACGAGGACUACAGUCCCCUAGUUGGCUCCAUUGACUCUCACAUCUACACCCCACGUUUAUUCCGGUUUGAUAGUACCAGUGGGAAGUUCGUGGCGGAUGAGAUACUGUGUAAAUACCGUGUACCUGACCGAGACACCCAGUUCCCCUUCAUCCAGGACGAUCUGUACGGAUCAAGUCAGCCUGCCCUCUUCCUGUUAGACGCUAAAUACCAGCUUUGGUUGUGGCAGGGAUGGUUUGAAACUGCGGAGGAUUCCGAGAAAGUAACUGGGUCCGCUCGACAGACGUUCGCACGCAACAAGAAGGUUGCUAUGGAAACUGUUAACAACUAUGUCGAUGAGAUGAUGCUGGCAGAAAACCCCAAAGUGUUCCCGAUUGAAGCUGGUUACGAACCCGUUGAUUUUAUCUCACUUUUCCCGUUCUGGUCGGAAAGAGAGGACGUGAAACGUUACGGCAACAAGGCAAUUGUUGAAAAGGGUGCGGGUGGUCGCCGAACAUCUAUUAACACAGCCUACAAGAUGUUAACACGAACAGAAUACACGUUGGAGGAGCUCAGGGAACCGAAGCCAGAGGGAGUAGAUCCCUCAAGACUGGAGGACUAUUUGUCAGAGGAGGAAUUUAUGAAAGUGUUCGAAAUGCACAGAGAAGAAUUCAAGCUCAUCGCUAAAUGGAAGCAAGUGGUUAUGAAACAGCGCAAGUUACUCUACUGA